CUGGAGGAGGAUUAGGCGUUGUGGGGGGAGGGAAGAGGGGGAGCCAUCUGGUACCUUGGUGGCUUCCGAAACAAACACCAUCGGUCAUAACAGAAAUGGCCAGUCAAUCCCAGGGUAUCCAGCAGCUCCUGCAAGCCGAGAAGCGGGCGGCUGAGAAGGUGGCAGAUGCCAGAAAGAGGAAGGCCCGGCGUCUGAAGCAGGCAAAGGAAGAGGCACAAAUGGAAGUGGACCAGUACCGCAGAGAGAGAGAGCAAGAAUUCCAGAGCAAGCAGCAGGCAGCCAUGGGCUCCCAAGGGAACUUGUCGGCUGAGGUGGAGCAGGCUACAAGGCGCCAGGUGCAGGGCAUGCAGAGCUCCCAGCAGAGAAACCGCGAACGUGUCCUGGCCCAGCUUCUCGGCAUGGUCUGCGACGUCAGGCCCCAGGUCCACCCCAACUACCGGAUUGCUGCCUAGGACCUAACCUAGGGCCUGACUCCUCCUCCCAGUUCCCUCCUGCCAAGAAAUCCCUGAGUCAAAAUCAACUUCCACCAUAAUCCUUCUCUCCCUUGCAUUCCCUAGAAAUUCUAGGAAGCAGGAUCCAAUAAUUAUCCUGUGAAACUUAAACAUACCCUGCUCAGACCCAAAUCUCCUUAUUGCUCUUUCACUGGGACCGUGUAAACUGCCAAGUCACCUUCACUCAGAUCCUUUGUGAAUUUUGUAUCUUGGAGAAGUAGGGAUGUGGAAAAUACUGACUUCAGGGCCAGGCAGGCUUAGGUCUCUCUCCUGACUUUGCCACUUGCUGGCUGGGCAACCAUGACAAGCUACUUAAACUGUAACCCCCGUGUCCUUUGUAAGGCUGGAAUAAUACUACCUUGUUGUUGCAUUAAUUAGAAAUAUUUCUGUAAAGAGCCUAGCAUGGUUUCUAGUAGCUGGAUUCAAUAAGUGACAAAUCUGUGAUAUUAUAAUGACCACCUGCCCAUCUGCCCAAACCUAAACACAGCUGUUUUCUCACUUCUGUCUGUGGCUUUCUAAUUCUACUCAUUCAUCUUGUGACCCUCCUAAUUCUCUAGAGAAUUGGUUCUUCCCAUCUUUCUUUUCCCACAGACCUUAUGAUCCCCGAAAAGAUGAAAUGAUAGCUUUAUUUAGCCUGUCUAUUGUGGUUCCAGGAAGAUGUUUGCAUUUUUUAGCCUUUUUGUCUCUCUUAAGUUGGUCUUUCUCUUUAUUGGCUUUCCCCCUUUUCCUAUUUCCCCAAAGAACCAUCAGAUGCUUACUGCUUCCUGAGAUCUAAAGUGAUGUUGUGUCCCCUUGUGUGCAUGACCUUCCUUUUACAUCUUCAACACCAUACUUUCCCUUUGUAACAAUAAAAGUGUCAAUAAAAUAAU